AUGGCGGGGGACUCCAAGAAGGAGAAGUGUGUGGAGGGGAGCCCGGUGGACAAGCUCACCGACGACCUCCUCGUCGACAUCAUCUCGCGCGUGCCCUACAAGGCCACCUGCUGCUGCAAGUGCGUCUCCACGCGCUGGCGCGACCUCAUCUCCCACCCCGACCACCGCAAAAACAUGCCCCAGUCUCUCGCUGGAUUCUUCUAUCAAGUCAAGGGGGCUCGCUAUUUCACCAACGUCUCAGGGGAAGGUGACCCUUUCUUCGACCCGUCCCUCUCGUUCCUGCCCAAUUACCAGAGCCUUUACAUUCUGGACUGCUGCAAUGGUCUCCUCCUCUGCCGCUGCUGGAAGGCGACUGAUCCUGAGACACUGGAUCACAUCGUGUGCAACCCUGCCACCGAGAAAUGGGUGGUCGUGCCUGCUAGUGACUGGUCCAGCGAGGUGGUGGUCGCUCGCUUAGGGUUCGACUCUUCCGUCUCCUCCCACUUUCAUGUGUUCGAAUUCAUAAUUGACGAGGCCUCGGGUGUAUACGAGGAUGAGAGCAGAUAUUUUAAAAACAUCAAAGCAUUGGCGAUCUACUCCUCCAAAGCUGGACUAUGGAUGGUCACAGAAAUUAUGGCAAUUUCAUUUGCAAUACCCUGGAAUUCCAGAAGCGUUUUUCUCAAUGGGGUCCUACAUUUGGCUGCCUUUGAUGACUUAAUUGUAGCUGUUGACGUUGAAGGAAAUCAUAAGCGGAUCGUUGACCUUGAUGAUGAUUUUAUCAAUGACAUUUUUCCAUCACAGAGGCGAUUGUAUUUCGCACAUAGUACUGCUGGUAUUGGUGGUUCUGAUCUAAAAGUCUGGGUUCUUGAGGACCAUGGUAGAGCAGACUGGACCUUGAAGCACAAUGUCAGCAACUUGAAACUGUUUGGAACAGAGUAUUCGUCGUUUCAAAAGCAUUACAAUGUCGUCUCAUUCCACCCAGAACGCAAUAUGCUUUUCAUAGUCUGUGGGGAAGAGAACACAUUAAUGUCAUAUGACAUGGAUUCUAUGGAGCUGCGUUUUAUACGUCAACUUGGAUCUGAUUGUCAAGUUGAAGGGUCUGACUGGGAGGGGAAGACUCCUUUUCUUACACAUGUUCCCUUGUUCUCAGAGUCAUUGGCAAAUGGGCACUAAAUGUCUUACUUGCAUAGUGCAGCUUCACAGUUAUCAAUCCUUCUAAUAUGUUAUUGGAAUUGGGUCUUGAAUUUGGGCAGCAGUGACUUGGGUUUGAUGUUUAUGAAGUUGUGAUUGUUUUUGUUGGUGCUUGCGCGCACUCAUGUCCUGACUAUUGCAGUUAAGUUAGUGACUUAGCUUGUAUAUAUUCGUGGCAGUUAGCAG